AUGAGCUUAUCCAAGAAAGGGUCUUUAACCAACGAUACAAAGCUUAGUCUUCCAACCAAGGCAACAACUUUGAACCCAAAUGCAGCAGAGUUUGUUCCCUUUUCCCUCAGAUCAUCCUCUUCACCAUCUGGAAGUACCUCAAACACGGCAGAUGCUGCAACGAAAUUUGCUACUUCUGGAACCGUAGGAAAAGCAGUGCUUAAUCGAUCAGAAUCAUCUGUUUCUAAUGCUUCUGAUGAUGAGGCUCAUCAAUUCUGGCGCCACCAGUUGCCAGAUGAUAUCACCCCUGAUUUUAAGGUUAUGAGUGAAGAUGAGUCUCAGGGACUAGGAGGGCUCUCUUUAGCAGGCUUGUCUUUGCAUGACAGUAGUGAAGUGCCUAGGUUUCAUGCCUCCUCCAGAAGUGGAUAUGUAUUGACUGAGCAGCAGGAACCGUCCCCACAUCAUAUCAACGGUACUGGCUUCGGUGAAAAGAUGGGAUAUGCUGCUGCUUCUUAUGGGGAAGAUCCUACUUCAGCCAGUUUUUUGAACUUGCCAACUAAGCCUUGGGACAAGCAAAUUGCUAACAGUGAUCAACUUCUUGGCAACGGUAGGGAGGUACAUCCAUACAAUGGAAAUUCUAGACAUGGGUUCAGGAGUGAAAUAUUGGGCGAGCAUGCAAUAGUGGAUGAUAAUGAAAUAAACCCUUUGGAGUUUUUGGCUUCACAAUUCCCUGGGUUUGCUGCUGAAAGCCUUGCAGAAGUUUAUUUUGCAAACAGUUGUGACUUAAAUCUCACUAUUGAGAUGCUUACUCAGUUAGAGCUUCAAGUUGAUGGUGGUUUCAAUCAGAAUACAAACUCGAAGACUCUGUCAGCUCCCAAUCUCAGUGCACUGGACUUUCCAGCACUUACCAUGCCAGAUAAUCAGAAUGGCACUUCAAAAUAUGCUGGGGAUGAUCUUCAGCAAGCGAGCAUUCCUUAUCGAUCUUCUAACAAAGAUAACAUGCUUUUAUUCAAACCUGGUGCUUCCUUUUCAUCUAGAGGUGCGGUGGAUUUUGCCUCAGCUGUCAGGAAAUUGGCAUCUCAAGAUUCUAGUAUGUGGAAGCAUGACAGAAAUGGUUCUGCUGAUUCCACUGUUGGCUCAAGCAGAAGUUCCCAUGUUUUGGCUAGUGCUUAUAACGGUGGUCAUGGAAGAGGCAUUUAUGCAGAUAGGUUGCAAAGCCGUGGAUCAGGUCGAUCAGCUCCUGUUUGGCUUGAAACCGGAGAAGCAGUUGCUAACAUAUAUUCUGAGAUGCGGGAAGAAGCUCGUGAUCAUGCACGUUUAAGGAAUGCAUACUUUGAACAGGCACGUCAAGCAUACCUCAUUGGGAAUAAGGCUCUAGCGAAGGAAUUGAGUGUCAAAGGACAGCUGCACAAUAUGCAUAUGAAGGAAGCUCAUGGAAAAGCUCAAGAAUCUAUUUAUCGCCAGAGGAAUCCAGUCAGCCUAGAUAUGCAGGGAACUGGGAGAGGACAUGAACAAAUGAUAGACCUUCAUGGGCUGCAUGUAACUGAAGCCAUUCAUGUGCUAAAGCACGAAUUGAGUGUUCUGAGGAGCACAGCCCGGGCAGCAGAUCAGCGUUUGCAGGUUUAUAUAUGUGUAGGGACAGGUCAUCACACUAGAGGUUCCCGCACUCCUGCAAGACUUCCAGUUGCUGUACAGCGAUACCUGCUUGAAGAAGAGGGCCUUGACUACACUGAGCCACAGCCAGGGCUGCUUCGACAUGACUGUUGUGUGAUGGCUGCGAAAUCUUGGAAUAUCAUCUUGGAUAGAUUAGUGCUGAUUAGUGAAGGGGUUUUAGUAGUUGUGACUGUUGUUGAUGCUGUUUGGUAUGCUGGUGGAGUUACAGCAUGA